AUGCGGCAACAGCAUCAGUUCUGGCAGCAGCUGUGUCAGGAGCACGGCAUCAGCCAGGACGGCAACCUCGAGGAGUUUGCCACCGAGGGCGGCGACCGCAAAGAUGUCUUCUAUUAUCAGAGCGACGACACCCGCUACAUUCCACGGGCCAUCCUGAUCGACCUGGAGCCGCGCGUGAUCAACGGCAUCCAGACCGGCCCCUACAAGAACAUCUACAACCCGGAGAACUUCUUCAUUGGCAAGAACGGCAUCGGCGCCGGCAACAACUGGGGCGAUGGCUACCAGACCGGCGAGUCCGUCCACGAGGAGAUCAUGGAGAUGAUUGACCGCGAGGCUGACGGCAGCGACUCGCUCGAGGGCUUCAUGCUGCUGCACUCCAUCGCUGGUGGAACCGGCUCCGGUCUCGGCUCUUUCCUGCUCGAGCGCCUCAACGACCGAUUCCCCCAAAAAAGCAUUCUCGCCAUGCGCCGCCUCGUCCAGAAUGCCGACUCCGUCGUCGUCCUCGACAAUGGCGCCCUGUCCCACAUCGCCGCCGAUCGUCUGCAUGUCCAGGAGCCGUCCUUCCAGCAGACCAACCAGCUGGUCUCCACCGUCAUGUCAGCCAGCACCACCACCCUCCGAUACCCCAGCUACAUGCACAACGACCUUGUCAGCAUUUUGGCCUCGCUCAUCCCAACCCCUCGCUCCCACUUCCUCAUGACUGCCUACACCCCCUUCACCGGCGACCAGGUCGAACAGGCAAAGACCGUCCGCAAGACCACCGUGCUCGACGUCAUGCGCCGUCUGCUGCAGCCCAAGAACCGCAUGGUGUCUACCACCUUUGGUGGCAAGGCCAGCCGCAAGAGCUGCUACAUCUCCAUCCUCAACGUCAUCCAGGGCGAAGUCGACCCCACCGACGUCCACAAAAGCUUGCUGCGUAUCCGCGAGCGCCGCCUGGCCACCUUCAUUCCCUGGGGACCGGCCAGCAUCCAGGUCGCUUUGACCAAGCGCAGCCCCUAUGUCCCCAUGAGCCACCGCGUGAGCGGACUGAUGCUGGCCAACCACACAAGCAUAGCCACGCUCUUCAAACGCAUCGUCCGCCAGUACGACGGCAUGCGAAAGCGAAAUGCCUUUAUCGAUGCAUACAGAAAGACUGCCCCAUUUUCCGACAAUUUAAACGAGUUUGAUGAAGCCAGGGAGGUCGUGGCUGACCUAAUCGCCGAGUAUGAAGCUGCCGAGGAGGGAGACUACCUCAGCCCACCCGCUGAGAAGGAAGGGGCGGUUGAUAUAAAUAAUAGGUGA